GGCGGCCCGCCACACGCUUCCGCAAGAAAGAAAGCGAAAAAGAAAAUUCGGGUAAAAAGAAAAAAAAUCAAACCGCGAAGAGAAAGCGUCUUCCAAACUUGUAGGGUUUCCGGAUCGAAGGAGCCAGCCCCGCCCACCAAGGUCGCCGCAGCCAUGGUUCGCGGAUCGCUGGGGAAGCUGGCGUCGCGCGCCCUCUCCGUCGCCGGGAGAUGGCAGCACCAGCAGCUCCGCCGCCUCAACAUCCACGAGUACCAGGGAGCGGAGUUGAUGGGGAAGUACGGGAUCAACGUGCCCAGGGGCGCGGCGGCUGGGUCCGUGCAGGAGCUCCAGGACGCCUUGAAGAACGCAUUCCCCAGUGAGAAAGAGAUAGUUGUUAAGAGUCAAAUCCUUGCUGGCGGCCGAGGACUGGGAACUUUCAAAAGUGGACUGAAAGGUGGUGUUCAUAUCGUUAAGGCUGAGGAAGCUGAAGGAAUUGCAAGUAAAAUGCUAGGCCAGAUUCUGGUAACAAAACAAACUGGUCCAGAGGGGAAGAUUGUGAGCAAGGUCUACUUGUGUGAGAAACUGUCACUUACUAAUGAGAUGUACUUUGCCAUCACCCUUGAUAGGAAAACUGCUGGCCCACUCAUAAUUGCUUGCAGCAAGGGAGGAACCAGUAUUGAAGAUCUUGCAGAGAAGUAUCCUGAUAUGAUUAUUAAGGUUCCUAUUGAUGUAUUCAAGGGAAUCACUGAUGAGGAUGCAGCUAAAGUUGUUGAUGGUCUGGCCCUAAAGGCAGCCGACAGGCAGUCUUCUAUAGAACAGAUUAAGAAGCUGUAUGAACUUUUCUGCAAGAGUGAUUGCACUCUGCUGGAGAUAAAUCCUCUCGCAGAGACAGCCGACAACAAGCUUGUUGCUGCUGAUGCAAAGUUGAACUUCGAUGAUAAUGCUGCAUUUAGGCAAAAAGAAAUCUUUGCACUGCGCGAUACAACACAGGAAGACCCUAGGGAGGUUGCUGCUGCCAAAGCAGAUUUGAACUAUAUUGGUCUUGAUGGAGAGAUUGGUUGCAUGGUAAAUGGAGCAGGAUUGGCUAUGGCUACCAUGGAUAUUAUCAAGUUGCAUGGUGGUACACCUGCCAAUUUCCUUGAUGUUGGUGGAAGUGCAUCAGAGGGGCAGGUUGUGGAAGCAUUUAAGAUACUGACUUCAGAUGAUAGAGUGAAGGCAAUUCUUGUGAACAUUUUUGGGGGCAUCAUGAAAUGUGAUGUGAUAGCAAGUGGAAUUGUAAAUGCUGCUAAACAGGUUGACCUAAAGGUUCCUGUUGUUGUUCGGUUAGAAGGCACCAAUGUAGACCAAGGAAAGAGGAUUCUCAAGGAAAGCGGAAUGACACUCAUCACUGCAGAGGAUCUUGAUGAUGCAGCAGAGAAAGCUGUAAAAGCAUCUGUCAAAUAACUUUGUAGCGGAUCUAUCUGAAGUUUCUUGUUCACUGAUAAAAGUUGAGGAGUGUUCUUUCAUGGAUUUCGGAUCGGGCCGAAGUUGCAAACUGCAACCUUUUUGAAGAGGGUUAUUUUGGCUCGAGUUUACCUUGAAACAUUGUGAUAUCAUGUUAAUAAACAUUUAUCGGCGCAACUGAGCAGAUUUUGCCAAGUGCAAUUCACCUUUACUGCUCUAAGCACCAUAGUGAGUGCAAUAUGGCGCUUGAUAUGCCAAAUCAGCGUAAGUUGCAUUUUGGGUAGGCUGUGCCAGUCAUAAAUACUUGAUAUGUUAAAUUUUAUUUUGUUCUGUUA